GGAUAAGCGGUGGCCGUGCUAUAUCCUCGGCAAACACUCCUUUUUCUUUUGUGUGCAUUUUUCUUUUAACAGUUGUUAUCUGCUCUUGAAAGCUAAGGCCAAAUGAGUAUGGGGGUUGUAAGGAGACAAGAGAGCGCUGGUGGAUUUGUCAAGGCUGUGAGGGACAAGCAGCAGCUCCUGUUAUAUAAAGACUGCUGUGGGAGACUCAAACUCCCAUACCCACACGAGUGGUACCCUUUUUGAGCCUGCGCUUGCACACCCCAAUGCACACAACCCUUGGAGCUAUCAAUCUCAAACUAAGUGAAGCGGAGACUCAAACAUAAACUGAGAAGAGAGAGAGAGAGAGAGAGAGAGAGAGAGAGAGGAGUGGGUUUCUUCCACCAAGGCUGUUUGUGUUUGUGUUCAAGCUCUUUGGGUUCCCCAUCAUCCACCUUCCUACGGUUUUAAAAACUGUGAUCCCUUCUCAAGCCUCUUGCAAACCACACAGAAGCUGGUUUUGAUUGUGUUUCCUUCUGUAGUGUUUCUUUGGUUUCUCUCUUUUUCAUAUCUCUGUUAGUUUCAUGUGUGACCUUGGCUUGAAAGAGGAAGAAAUGGCUAAAAAUCAACGGAAACCCACAGCUGACAAAGGUUUCUUUCCUCCGCCUCCACCGCCACCUCCAUUCCUAAAGGCUUCGAGUUCUCCAUCCGGAGAGAGGGAAUGCAUGAGUGUGGAGCAAGGUUGGAGGCUUCAGGGUUUGAAAAGCUGGCAAGAGCAUCACAAAGGGGAGGAGACCAACGACCAUGGUGAGGAAGAUGAAGGUGGUAGUGGUGCUACAGAUGAGAGCGUGGAGCAGCACAAGCUCUGUGCUAGGGGACAUUGGAGGCCAGCUGAGGAUGCCAAGCUAAAGGAGCUAGUAUCCCAGUAUGGCCCCCAAAACUGGAACCUUAUUGCUGAGAACUUACAAGGGAGAUCAGGGAAGAGCUGCAGGCUUAGAUGGUUCAACCAGCUGGACCCAAGGAUCAACAGGAGGGCCUUCAGUGAGGAAGAAGAGGAGAGACUUCUGGCUGCUCGCAGGCUUUAUGGCAACAAAUGGGCACUGAUUGCCAGGCUCUUCCCUGGAAGGACAGACAAUGGAGUCAAGAACCAUUGGCAUGUGAUCAUGGCCAGGACGAAGAGGGAGCAGUCCAAUGGUCACAGGAGGAGGAAGCCCCCCAUCCCCUCCUCUCUCAGCUCCCCACCCACUGAGGCCCUCCCUAAGAGAGUGGAGGCGAACAGCAGCAGCUACUUAUCAUGCAGUGGUGAGUCCACCAUCACCAGCACCAAAGAUGAGUCUGCUUCCACCUGCACAACAGAACUAUCCCUCAACUCCUUCACCACCAUGGUUGCUGCUAACUCCCUACACAGACACAACCCUCCUCAUCGGGCACACCUCCAUGAUCCAGUAAUUGGAUCUGGUAAAAAGGUGUGGAAUCAACGGCAUCGGAAGUCUGAUGACACUGCCAGUGGUUUCCCGUCUUGUGGUGCUCCCACUAGGUGGAUUCCUGGAUUUAAUCAGUCUGCUUGCUCAGCAAAUCCUGAGAAUUCAGCAAAUGGACCAGUGGAUUAUCACAUGACCAGUGCUUGGUUAGAUGUUGAUGUAAGGGAGAAGAUUGGCUUGCCCUUCAUUGAUUUCCUAGGUGUAGGAACAACAACAUAGGAAAAUGGGUUCCAGCCUGAUUAAAAUACAGGGCAUCCAUGAAGAGAGAGAGAGAGAGAGAGAGAGCGAGGGGGGUAAGAGAGAGAUAUUAAAAGGUAACAGGGAAAAUGAAGAAACGGGAAGCUUUUGAACAUCAAAAGCAGCAACUUUUUUUUUUUUCUAGGACCUUUAUUUCUAUACUGCUCGAGCCUUUUCAAAAUUCUGUAAACUUUAGUUCAUUGGUCAGAGCUAAAUGAGAAAUGCUGUAUCCUUUGUUCCAA